AUGCACGAGUAUACCUCCGCCAGUCGGGCUUCGUCCAAUAACCCACAGGUCAAGGAUGGGAAUGAUGUUGUUCACAUCACCGCAUGCAACAUCUGCCCCCAGAUCAACCCAGUCAUGAAUCACAGAGGCCAGUACAGCUAUGGCGGCCAUCUUCUCUCCGCCGCCGGCAUCGUAAUAGACGUGGCAGAGCACGGCAUCCGGCAGCUUAUAGCAGGCCAGCCGGCGGAGGCCCUCCCAAACCACGAGACACGGGCGAGACACAACAUGAUAGUCUUCUGGCGCAGAAUUGCAUAG